AUGAUCGCACGAAGCUGGGGGCGGGGAACUCAGCGGCGGCUGCUGCAACUGGGCCGUCUUCUGCACACUGGCCGCGGCAGCACUCGCCUCCAUUCGACGCCGAUUUGGGCGGCCACCAAGAGCAGCAGCCUGUCGGGGUUCCGUCGCCUGCGCGUCUCGUUUGUUGGCAGAAGCUGCCGAAGCAUCCAUAUCCCCCCGAUCCUCCUGCCACCAGUGCUGUUCAGUGGAUUGCUGGUUGGCCUGUGGAUCUGGUAUUGUGUGAUGAUGGUGGUCUUUCAGAACAAGAUCAUCUAUAUGCCCGGCCUGCCGCCAACUUCCCGCAGAGAGUGCAUCGCGAACUGGGCAAGCUUAUGCGGGGGCGUCGAAUGGGUCAAACAGAACACGAAGGCUGCGGAUGGGACGGAGCUUGCUAUGGCCGUCACCACCGUCCCCUUACCACAGGGUAGACGCCCGGUGGCUACGAAGCCUGGUGACCCAGCGGCCGCGCACGUCUACGUCCUCUAUUUCCAGGGAAACGCAUCGUCGAUCCCGCCGCGGCUGCCCGACCUCUCUUGGGUCCUUCGCGCAGUUAGCGACAGCAAGACACAUGUGCUGGCACCAAUGCAGUUAACGUUUGUCUGCUUGAGCUAUAGAGGAUACUGGACCUCACGGGGCCGGCCCUCGGAGUCGGGACUUCGGCUUGACGCCGAGGCUGGCGUGCGAUGGAUUGCUGACUAUCACGAACGCACCUUCGGGAAGGACGGCGGCACCCGCCCCAUUCUGCUAGUCUGGGGCCAGAGCAUCGGCUCAGGGGUUGCGACGAACCUGGCCGCAACCGGCCGGAUACCGCCAACCAUGCCCAUCGAAGGCCUCCUUCUCGAGACCCCGUUUGUGUCGGUCAGAGCCAUGCUGGAGACACUGUAUCCCCAGAAGUGGCUGCCGUACAGAUACCUGUGGCCCUUCCUCCGGAACCACCUUGACAGCUGGAAAAAUUUGGGGUUGAUCGCGCACGGCUCGAAAGCCACAGGUCGCACGGCACCCAUGAUCUACAUCCUGGAGGCCGAGAGAGACGAACUGGUGCCGAAGGAACAAAGCGAGCGUCUCUAUCAGAGAUGCGUGGAGCUCGGCCUCCCGGUGGAGAAGGGGAUAGUGCCCGUGGCAUAUCACCAGGAGGCCAUUGCCCGAAGUGAUGGGAAAAGAUUGGCUGCUCAGGCCAUUCUACAAUUAACCAAAAGAGCGUUAGAUCGCAAUUGA